AUGCUGGACCCAUUCCUACAAGGACAGAUAAUCGGGAUGCACAAGGCAGGACUUAAGAGCCGCAAGAUCGCACUGGAUCUGGCCGUCAACGACAGGACCGUCCGUGCGAUUAUUAAACGAUAUCAGGAACGAGGCACCCUCGCACCCAAACCCAUCCCUGGACGACCUCGUCACUCUGACCGGCCUCCCUCUUCCAAAGAUGUUGCUGCUAGUGCUGCUAACAAAGGAGGAAGCGCAGAGGAGGGAGAGGGUGGAGCGAUGGAUAUUGCUAUUGAGACACAUGCACCGACGACAUCGACGGCAGCGCUGGCGGAUGGCAUGGAGACGAUGGUUAGUAAGAAGACGGGGAAGGUGAUUAAGAAGCGAGGGAAGAGAGGGCCGUACAAGAAACGCGAGAAGGGUCCUGUUGUCGCGCCCCCGGUGCCUAUCUUGAUUGCUCCACAUCCUAUCCUCAUGGUCGAUGCUCCUGGAGCAGACGCAGCGGUUAUGGUCGAGAGGGAUGAUACAUCUGUGAUCGCAACUACAAUGACAACGACUACGAUGACAACGAGUUUACAGGUGGAGUCUGUGGUUGGAAUCGAAGAAAGAGAGAAUGUCAAGGCGAAGGAAGCUGAGACUGUCGACAUGAGGGACUCUGGUAUGGCUUGA